AUGGAUGCCGCAACAGAGACGGCCACCGCCACUGGAACCAGCCGACAGCCACAUGCUGCACCACCUCCGGAGGAAUUCCCCCUGCUCAAUUUCUUCAGGGCCAUCCAAGCCGACCCGACCAGGCGAAGCGAAUCUGGCAUCUUGAAUCUUGACGCGACAACGGAGGCGCUACUGCUCCAACUCAUCGAAGGCGAGGCCAGAAGAAGCCACUGCCUCAACAAGGUUGCCGAAACGCUACAAGAUGUUGUCUCGCGCGUCACCACGAUUGAGGCUGGUCAAUUGACGCGUAAACCGCCAGCACCCGGAAAGUCCUACGCGUCGACGGCUGCAAAGCCGAAGGCCCCUCCCCAGCCCCCGUCCAAAUCUGAAAUGGUAGCCGCCAGACCUGGCCUGACCAUCAUCCACUCAAGAACCGGAACCACCCCCUUGAAGGAAGUCAAUGCCGAGAUAGUGGUUCGGAAGACGAACGAGGUUUUGGAAAAGCUGAACGCAACGGUCCAAGGAGAGAAGGUGACAGUGAAAGCUGUCCGUGUCUUACCAUUGGGUGACGUCUCUUUUUACUCUAAAAACCGACAACAGAAGGAAUGGCUGAAUCGAAACAAACAUGAAUGGAGCAAGCAAAUCCACCCAGAUCUUGAGGCAACCCCCAGCACGUACUCUGUCCUGGCUCAUGGUAUACCGCGCACUUUCAACGUCAACGCGGUCACUAGCAAGAUCAUGAUUGCCUCUGAAAACCAAUUCAUAUCGGAAAAGAUCUUCAGGAUGCGCUGGCUGGGUGGCUCCAGAGACCCGAACGAUCCUUGUCAAGCCGGCACAGUAGUCAUUGCGUUCACAGAACCAGAGCUGGCGGACCGACUCUUGAAGCAACGGGGCCUAUUCCUCAGCGGCAGCUACCAUAGGGUCGAACGAUUCAAGAAACUCCCUCCGCAAUGUUUCAAGUGCCUCCAGAUGGGCCAUUUUGGCAAAUGGUGUCGAGCCGACGCCAAAUGCGGAAAAUGCGGCAGCAAACACGAGACGCGCGACUGCCAGGACACAACAGGACCAACAGGAAAGCUGUGUGUGAUCUGCAGGGAUUCAGGGAAAGGAAAAGAGAUUUGGGAAACCCACACGCCUUUUGAUAAGGCGUGCGGAGUGAAACGGGCAUGGCUAAUUUCCAAAAAUCAUAUCCGAAAUGAAUAA